CCGGCUGUGCUUGUUUUGAACAAAAGUAGAUCAAUAACAUGAAGAUUGUGUUUUUGAAUUACACCAUCUGUGAAUAUCCUUAAGCUUUCAAUUUGCCUUGCAUAAUAAGCUACAGGCCAUGUGAUAAAUAGUAGUCCAGUAGUAUGUGAUUCAGUGUACAGGGUGGGCACUUCCUGGUUUCUGGCGGUAAAUGUGCAAUGCCUUAUGUGUUCUGAUUGCUUUGCCCAUUACAGGUGUAGUACAGGUGUGGACAUACCUCGUUUAACUGCUACACCUGUCAGGUGGUAUAUCAAAUCGGGUCCAAGGGUAUAAUAUUACCCACACCAAGUUUAUGAUUUCAGCUCUUCACUAAGAUAAACCCAUAUAGUCGUGUUUUCAGCCAUGAUUGUUUCAGGAGGUACAAGCGUCUAUAGCUAUGGGCCAUUUUAAACAUUCAACUAUGAAUGUAACAUCCCAUUGAAAUGAGGAUUUUAAUAUAUCAAUGACGCAGAAUAUAUGGCUGACAGAAAUCUUCAGAAAAAUCACAUUACCCCGAGAAGUUCCGGAAUGUCUAUCGACCCGGAAACGCGCUUUACGAAGCUGGACAAAAUAGGAAAAGGUUCAUUUGGAGAAGUGUUCAAAGGGAUUGAUAACGGCUCACAGCAAGUGGUGGCCAUCAAAAUUAUAGACUUAGAGGAAGCAGAGGAUGAAAUAGAAGAUAUUCAACAGGAAAUUAUGGUCUUGUCACAAUGUGAUAGUCCCUUCGUCACAAAAUACUUUGGGUCCUAUCUCAAGGGGUCUAAAUUAUGGAUUAUUAUGGAGUACUUGGGUGGGGGCUCGGCGCUGGAUCUGAUGAAGGCUGGACCAUUCUCAGAGUCUGACAUUGCCAUUAUAUUAAGGGAAAUCCUAAAAGGACUAGAGUAUCUACAUGCAGAGAGGAAAUUACACAGAGAUAUCAAAGCUGCCAAUGUGUUGUUGUCGGAGAAUGGCGACGUAAAACUAGCAGACUUCGGUGUGGCAGGACAGCUCACCGAUACAAUGGGCAAACGUAACACAUUUGUAGGCACGCCGUUCUGGAUGGCUCCGGAAGUGAUCAAACAGUCGGCAUACGAUACCAAGGCUGAUAUAUGGAGCUUGGGCAUCACUGCCAUAGAGUUGGCCAAGGGCGAGCCCCCAAACUCCGAACUCCAUCCCAUGAGAGUGUUAUUUCUUAUACCCAAAAACAAUCCUCCUCAACUGACAGGAAACUACAGUAAAAGCUGCAAGGAGUUUGUAGAACAAUGUCUGAAUAAAGACCCUAAUAAUAGACCACAAGCUAGAGAAUUAUUACGACACCCUUUCAUCCGACGGGCGAGAAAAACGACAUAUCUCACAGACCUUAUUGACCGCUUUAAGCGGUGGAAGAUGGAGAAAGGCAAUAAUGUGGACAGUGAUGACAGCGACAGUGAAGGGGAGGUUGACGAGAAUGACAUGCAAGUUGAUUGGAUUAUGACAAUGAAGGAAGCCGAUGUGGUCAAACAACAGCUGAUGGCAAACCUUAAUGGUCAAGACAAGGGACAGGGUAAUAUGUACCCUAGCUCUGGAUCGGCCCUCACUAUGGGGAGCCAAGGGUUGAUAAGGAGCACAACCCCGCCCCUAGACAUCCCCGUGGAGGAGGCGGAGGCAGACUACCCCAUUGACGAUGAUGAUAACAUGAUACACGCCUCCCCAGCGGCAGUGACGUCGAAGGAGUCUGGGAAGCGACCCGCACCUCCUGCCCCGCCCAGUGGGGGGCAGGACGACUCCAAUCGACACUCAAACUAUGAGAAACGCCCUGCCCCCGCGCCUCCUGAUAACAGAACGGUAAUCAGUGCCUCGUACGACGACGUUAUUAUAAACAAUGGAGGUAAAAUGCCAGCCCUUGCCAGCAGAGGGACUGAAGAGUCUAAUGUUAUGCACUCUGGAAAUCUACGAGGGAAAAAUAUGGGGAGUGAUCCAGAUUUUACUCGAGAUCGCCAAAACUCUUCUCAUAUGCACGCAUCUCCAGUACAUAAGGGACCCAUCAUUCAUAGUAGGGCAGAGUCAGCCCCGGCCCUUAACGUUAACCGGAUGGAACCUACGGGGGUAGUGCACCUGCGUAGUAGCUCUGAUAUCACGCCUCCAUUAGUGUCCCCCUCCAAACCUAACUACUAUGCCCAGCAUCCCUCCUCCUCAAACGUCGCCUCGUCUCCCGGCCACGCCCCAAACAACCACCAUCAGUACCGUGACCAGCAACAACAACAUCGCGAACAACAACGACAAUUAUCACGACCCAAAUCCCAGUAUGAUAUGCCUACUAGCAAUAAUCAUCAGUCAGACCAACACUUGGACCGGUUCGCUCAAGCCAAGGAUAUGGCACAUGGACCAUACGGUGGAUAUUAUAGGCCUCAGGCCCCUCAGCCUCCCAGGCCAGUGUCGAUGCCCGAUAUCCCUCGUCUGUCACCCAGUCUCACUUCAACAGUUGUUCCGUUACUUUCAAAGCUAAAGGAAGACUACAAAGAGGAAUACCGUCGAAAUGGUCGGCCUAUUCAAAGAACAGAGGCAGUGGAUGAACUCAGGAAUGCCUUUGAGCUGGCCGAGAAAUCCUGUCCUGGCAUCACAGACGAUUUAGUGGCUGGACUUAUGGGGAGGCUAGCUAUGUCACACAUGUCCGAGCAAGAUAUCCGGAGAGCAGUUGAUAAGGUCAAGAGAUAGGCUGUCCGAGCCAGUGAAGUGCUUUUCUCGAACUAUCUUUGCAAACUUGUGCAUGGUUCCCAAUGGAGUACAACAACGCUUGGUCGGCCAUAACAGAUUAUACAUACACCAUUCCCAGGGCGUCUGCUGUGCAGCAUGCAACAGGUCAUGUGAUCUAUCGUACAUCUGCCGUGCGGUGGUCAAUAGGUCCUAUGACUUAUGGCAUGUCUGCCACAAGGCAAGUAACGGGUCAUGUGACUUAUCGUUGAACAUGAUAACAUAGUGACAUUUCUCAUUUGAAUGGGACAAUUUUUUACCAAAAAAAAAUGUGUUGUUGGUUUAUUUGCCAUUGACAGACAAGCAAAGUGCAAAAAUUACUAUGUGAUACUUUCUGUAGAUGUGUGGGUGAGUGGAGAACGGAGAUCCCAGCAAAGACGACCGGGUGCUUUUAUAGAGACCUACUAAUGGAUAUGUAGUGCAUCACAGUUUUAUAACAUUCAUUAUGUAAAACUGAUGUGGUAGAAAAAACGACUAUGGAACAGUACUGUGCCCCGACCAAUCAGUUCAGCUUUUACCUGUGUCUCACACGUAGUUAGCCAAUCAAUGGCAGCCAGCUCCUCAUAUCGGUUGCUGUAUAUUUAAAUGAAUUUUCCAGUUUUCAGAUUUUUUGCAUUAUGUCAAUGCUUAAUGUUGAAUGUUUUUCUUGAGGCUAAGAUUAAAUCUCUUCAAGUGAAGUUCUUGGAAUGAAUGAACGGUUGAAACAUUUGGUUUAAAAUCUGGCUACAAUGAAAUUGCUUCUUUUUUUCCCCCGCUGAUUUUCGCUCUUUUAAUGUUUUUUUCUCAAAAAUGGGGGAUAAAUCGAGAGACGAUGUCUGCAUGCUUUUCUGAUUAUUUGUGAACAUGACCUUGUCUCAAGGAAACUAUUAUGGUGGUACAUGUGUAAUUAGUACCGUAUUUGACUUAAUAUGCUCCCUCAGCACUGGUCAGUUUGGGGAUAUGCUCCCUCAGCACUGGUCAGUUUGGGGAUAUGCUCCCUCAGCACUGGUCAGUUUGGGAUAAUUAUCAGAACAAUUGCAGACUUCAAAACAUUCUCAUAAAGAAAAAGGCAUAAGGGAAAAUUAUUUCCAGAAAAUUGGUGCAUUAUGAUCGGGGGGAUGCUGAUCUUAGAGAGAAAAAGGAUAGAAGUGCUAAUAAUCUGAGAUUUAUCUACCUCUUUUCCACAAGGGCCUGUGCCUUGUGACUUUCGGAAAAUAUCACGCACAAAAAGCAUGAUUUUGGGAAAAAGAAGAAAUUUUUGCAUUGAUUUUGAGAAAACACAGCAGAAAUUAUCUCAAGAGAAGGGGGGUUUACAAAGGCCCAAAAUUCACGUUUAUAUAAUCACUGAUAAUGGAUGGGGCCAUUUUUAGGUUGAUCACUGUGUACUUAACCAUAAAAGGAAAGUUGUCUUCAUUAAAUAUGUAUAACACAUAAGUCUUUUGUUAACAUUCUAUCAGGCCAAAUAUAAACAAAUAUAUGUUUGUCAUACAUAAUGUGUCUACGAUGAACGUUUGUUUUUCCAGGUGAAUGUAAUUCCUAAUAGGAAAAAAGGUAAAAACUCCAAAACAGAAUUAAAAUUGUGAAGGUUUGACUGAAAUUGUUCAGGUCAUUUUUAAUUAAAGGGGUAAUAGUCUAAUAGAUGUACACUUUCAUGAAUGAUCUUACAGUAAAUAUUUUUGAAUUCUGACUUUUCUCGUCUGAGAGACUUAUUAGGUUUUUUUAGAACAUUUAUGUAUGUAUCUGUAUAUUUCCUUUUCUGAGUUUCAAAGAUUUUGUUUGGUCACCAGUAAUGCGACCCUUUAUUCAUUAUAGGAAUAGAUGUACAAUAUUUAACAUGUAUUUAUUUUCAUCAUGAAUCAAGAAUGCUUACUGUAAAGCUAUGGUUUAUAGAUUCUGUUAUAGUCUGUUUCAGAUUUAAGACUGAAUCUAAGAAUAGUCUGUUUCAGAUUAAUAACUGAAUCUCAGUAUAGUAUAGUCUGUUUCAGAUUUACGACUUAAUCUAAGUAUAGUCUGUUUCAGAUUAAUAACUGAAUCUAAGUAUAGUAUAGUCUGUUUCAGAUUUACAAAUGAAUCUAAGAAAAGUCUGUUUCAGAUUUUGGCUAAACUUGUGGUACGAAAUAUGUUCUAUUAUUCCAACAGAAUGAACAGUAAGUGCUACAUAAGGAUAUUUUUCUGAAGCAGACUAUACAGAUUUUUUGUACCCUUUUUGUUAAUCUGAACCAUAGGUUGAGUAUGAAUACUUUCCAAUGAGAAAGUAAACAACAACAGACUCACAUUUAUAUAUAAAUAUAUAUAAUCUUUGUAUCAUUUAUCACAUUCCCUGUCUCUAGCCUAAUGUUCAUAGUGUAAUCAGAAUUAAAAGUAUUUUACUUCGCACAAGGUUUUGUUUUGCCGAAAGUAUCAUGGCAGUUUUAUGAGAAUGAGUGUGAAAGAGAUUGUUGCAGCAGUUAUAUGAGAAUGAGUGGGAUCAUGAGGUUACCAUAACUGUUUCCUGAGUGGGGAUGGGGUGAGAGAAAUAAUACAGGCUUCAAAAUCAAGACACUUCGGAAAAUAUUAGUUAUCAAUUUUUGUCAUAAUUUACAGAAUGUUUACCGGUUUGCAUAUAUUGAAAUUUGUUGUCAGAAUUUAUUGUACAGGUCAUUUUAUGAUUUAUUCAUUACAACUGAAAAGUAAUUGUAGAAAUUAUUAGAAACUUGAUGAGUUCUGACUUUCUUUAAUUAAGUUUCAUAUGAUAUUUGUCUAUAAUUUUGAUGCACUCCUCUGAGACUAGAAGUAUUACAAAGUACUUAACUCAUUCACCCCUGAAGACACAUUUGAACCUUCCAAUUAAAAGAUCGGAAUAGUUCAUUAUGAAAUUUCAGGGAUGAAAGUACUUAGUAUUAAACAUUUCCUUCUAAUUAUAGAAACAUGUCUUCUGACCUCAAGAUCAUUCAACAUCUUCUCCUAACUGUGGAAAUAUUGUAAUAACCCUCAGACCUUAAAAACAUUCUCCUUACCUAAAAACAUUCUCCUUACCUAGAAUCGUUCUACUUAACUUCUUUUGGCCUCGGAAGCAUUACGUUUACUCCUUACUUCAGUAUCUGUCUCUUUGACUUAGGAUUGACGCUCAAAUUGUUCUCCUGACCUUUGAUUUAUUCUCCUGACCUUUGAUUUAUUCUCCUGACCUUAGACUUAUUCUCCUGACCUUUGACAUGCAUGCUGUCUCUUUCAUAUGAUUGAGGUUAAUACUUAUUCUUUGAACUGCUGUUAUUUGUUUAAUCACGAGAAUCCAUGUUUUGUACAUUACAUGUUAAGAAUCUGUCGGCAUUCGGCAGUAUUUGUUGUGUAAGUGAGAAAUGAAUGAAUUCGCAAAAGCAACUGAUGUAUAUAAUCCUAAAUACCAUGUACAUAGCAAAUCUCAUACAAUCAUUCCAUAUGGGCGUUAGUUUAAUGGUCUUUCAGCACUUGUACAGUCUAAAAAAUGCAGGGAAGAGUAUAACCCAUAAUAUCACAAUGUACUUGUAACCCCUCUUGAUUGAUGCUUCGGACAUCUUAUAUAGUCUUGUCCAUUUUACACUGCCCUGUUACCAAAGCUAGUAAAUCUCUCAAGUGGCAGACGCACCUUCUCUCUAACCGGCUUUGUUUUAACUCAUUCACCCCUGAAAUUUCAUAAUGAACUAUUCCAACCUUUGAAUUGGAAGGGUUCAAAUGUGUCUUCAGGGGUGAAUGGGUUAAGAAGCAAUGGCCUCUUAGUCUCCCAAGCGAAAUCUUUUCUACCUAGCAAACAGACCUGCUGGGGAGGAGGUCACUGUUAGCGACGCAGACUUUUCUCUUUUGCUAGCAAUAAUCACUUUAGAAAUAUUUGAUUCCUCUCUCACUGGCUAGACCCAAGGGGCUUGUUUUCCCGCCUAAAUGUCCCGAUACUAGGACCUAUGUCAACACUUUAUAUGUUUCAGGGUAUGUAUAAGGUAUAGGUUGGCAUUCCUUUGUCCCAAAAUGCACAACCUUGAGAGAAUGUACAGCAACAUAAUAUGUGGUUUAUGAGAAAGAACAUGCAGCAGCGCAUAGAGAGAGAUGGAAGUAGAGGUUGAGAAAAAUCAGAGAUUUUGAGGGAAAGUGUGAUAUAGAGAUGGAAAGAAAGUUUAAUAUAAAUACAGAGAAAUAGUGAGGAAGUUAGGAGGAAUGAAAAUGUGGGCAUUUUAAAAUUUAAACAGAAAGAAUGGAAAACGUAAGAUAGUAUAGAGAGAAAGUGUGAUAGGAAGUAAAAAAUCAAGAUGGAGAGAAAAUGUGAGAAAUAUGGAGGAAGAGAAACUACAAGAUGGAGUGCGUUGAAAGUGGGAGUGUGUAAAAAUUCCAAGAAAGUAGAAGAAAGUUUGAGAAAUAAGAGGUCAACAGGAAUGCUUUAAUCUCUCUAAUUGUCUAUUGAUAAAAACUGAGUUGUACAGAAAAUUAUAAUCUACCCUUCCUGCAAAUGCCAAAGCUGGCAAAAAUAUUGUUGCUUUUUUCAGAGACUUUGUUUUCAUAUAGGAUUUCUUUUCCAAUUAAACUUUAUUUCACACUUAUUUAGUCAGGCUGUAAAUAUGGAAAUAUUUAAUGAAUUAUUCAGAAGCUGAGAAACCAAAAGCACCAAAGCUUGAUAACAUACAAACAUAAAAUAUUGAUACGGUUUUCCUAAACUUCUUUAAAUCAUGACAAUACAGCAUGCGUUAGUAUUAAUACUGAUAAGUCAGCG